AUGCAGGCUUGUGCAAGCCUCGCCUACGACUUUGAUAACCCCUGGCCAUUCUGGUUCUUCAUCGGCAAAGUCGUAUCCAAAGCUUUAUUUGGGGAAGAGCAACAGCUGCAGUGGCUGAAUGCUGUUCGUGUUCGAGAUCGAGAGUUCAUUGCAUUUAGGCAUAUCCAGAGGGAGACUUCUGAUCCCGAGCAGCUCGACCAAGAGAAAGGAACUCUCCAGGUUGUUGAAGUCGACUUCUCUAAGCCUGUUCCAGGCGAACAAUUGAAGGCUUUUUGGAAGCCAGCGCGAGGAAUCAUCCGCCAGAGGGUCCAAGACGCGAAGUAUCAAAAAGGAUACGGCAAAGUCUCCGUGAUAGAAAAGGUAUUAGUCUGGAGCAGGUAUAUUAUCAGGCUAAAAUGUACUAUAAUUUAUAAUCGUCCCAUCCCCGCACUGCAUCUAUACACUGACAUCAACUUCGACAUCGUCACAAUGGCUGGAAUCGCCCUCUUAGGCGCCGGCCUCUUCGCCAAAGAGGGUACCUCCCCUUCUCCGCUACACCAAAGGCAUGACCGUACUAACAAGCCAGCCCAUCUUCCCGCGCUGAUCGAACACAAAGCCGACCUGCGCGCAGUAUACUCCCGCUCUCGCGCCUCGGCCGACUCCCUCGUCGCCCUCGCCAGAACCCUCGGCAUCUCCCCAGACACCGCUAUAACCAUCUACUCCGACGACUCCAGCACACACACCCUCUCCGCCCUCCUCGCCCGCAGCGACAUCAGCACCGUGAUCAUCGCCCUGCCCAUCACUACCCAACCCAGCGUCGUGCAAGCCUGCCUCGCCGCCGGUAAACACGUCCUAUGCGAGAAACCCAUCGCCGGCGACCUCUCCACGGCCGCAUCCCUAAUCACCGCCUACGAAACCACCCACAAACCGCUCGGCACGCACUUCGCAAUCGCCGAGCAAUUCCGCACCGACCGCGCCUUCACACGCGCGCGCGCCCUCGCCACCACCCGCAUCGGGAAGAUCGUCCACGUCCACGCGCGCGUCUGGUCGAACAUCGACCCGGCCGAGCAGGCGAACAAGUGGCUCGAGACGGCGUGGCGCAAGAGCCCCGCGUACCAGGGCGGGUUUGUGCUCGACGGCGGGGUGCAUUUCAUCGCGCUGGUGCGGUAUGUGUCUGGGCUGGAGAUCGUGCGCACGGCCAGCCUGACGGCGCAGAUGAGGGCGUUUCUGCCGCCGCUGGAUACGGUGAAUGCGGCCGUGGAGUUUGCGAAUGGGGCGGCUGGGUCGGUCAGUAUUUCGUUUGCGUCGCGGAGGGCGGCGUUUGAGUUUGUGUUUGUUGGGGAGGAGGGGGCUGUUGUUGUUAAAGCGUCGAAGACGGCGGGUGAGAGUGUGGUUGUGCUCGAAGGGAGGGACGGAGAGGUGCUGCUCGAGGAGAGUAUAGAGGGGAGGGGCGUCAGUGAGGAGGUGAGGGUGUUUCUGGAGGGAGUCGAGACGGGGAGGAUGGAUGAGAGGCUGGAUCCACGGCAGGCGUAUGCGGAUUUGGCGGUGAUUGAGAGUGUUUGUCAGGGAGGGGGAAAUAUCAGGACUUUAUAA